AUGGAUCAAUCUCUUUUCUUCUUGGUCAAGUUCAUAGGACACAAUUCUUAUGACGAGGUGGGCCAGUCUGCCGCGUCCCGAGAGGUCGUCCUCGUGGACGACGAGGGGGAGGAUGAGGAGGAUGACGCGCCCUGGAUCGUGUGCAGAUCGAGGGCGCCCGCAGUGGCAGCGCCCACCUCCACAGCGGCCGCCGGUGCCGCAGCGGGGGCCUCUUCUGCAACGGUCACCGGCGCUGAGGUGGCCAUGUCGGCGGCUCCCUCGACGGCUCCUAUGGCGCCCCGGGCUGCGGCACCCCCACGGGCGCCCACGGCGCCGCCCGCACGGGGGCUCUUCUGGGGCUUCAAGCUCCAUCUCAACCCCCCGAAAGACGGCUCGCCGGCUGGCGCCGGCAAGAGGGGGAGGGCUGAUUCGCCUCCUGCCACGCCAGGCAAGAGGGCGCACACGCAGGCCGGCAGCAGCACUGACCUAGCUGACGCGGGGGCCAGCGGCGCCGCUGAUACGCCUGCUGCCGACCCGGCCCCGAUGGAGGUGGCGCCGGCAACAGGCCCGACCGUGCCCGCAUCAGGAGCAGGCGAUGUGGUGAUUGACCUGGACCCCGUCGCUGGGGUCGCUGGGAUGGCGGAGGAACCGGAGGUAGCUCUCGCGCCGAGCCCCACCACGCCGACCGCCGCAACGGCGGCAACCAUUGCCACCCCCAAAGCAGCGCUCGGCGACGCGCCAGCUCCCACAGAGGCUGCCGGGGCAGGCUCUCCGGCUAGCCAGCAAGAGGCAGCUCCUGCCGGGGGUGCGGCAACCUCAUCAUCCCCGCAGCCCUUCGGCGCAGGCGCGGGGGAGGCUGCGGCGGAGGAUCAGCAGAACGUCCGCCGCAGGCAGACGACCCCCUGUCCGGCCAGACGGUGGCGGUGA